AUGAGCGCGCCGCCCACCACCGACACCCCCGCCCCCAAACGCAUGCGCGUCUCCCGCGCCUGCGAGCAAUGCCGCUCGCGCAAAGCCAAAUGCGACGGCAAGACACCCGCCUGCUCCCCCUGCGUGACGCUCUCGCAGACCUGCACCUACGGCGCGCAGCCCCGGAAGCGCGGGCUGCCCCCCGGAAGCGUGUCGGCGCUGGAGCGCACCGUGAAGCUGCUGCAGCGCGUGCUGGGGCUGCUGAUGGACAGUGUGGACGGCGGGGAGGGCGCCCUGCUGGCGCUGGUUAGGCGCAGGGGGGCGGCGCUGUUUGAUGAGGGCGAGGAGGGCCGGCGGUUGGCGGGGCUGUGGAAGGAGGGUGUGGUGCCGAAGGAGCUGGAGAGGAUCAGGGAGAGGGUUACGGGGACGGGGGCAGCAGGGGCAGGUACGGGGACGGGGGCAGCAGGGGCAGGUACGGGGACGGGGGCAGCAGGCGCAGGUACGGGUACAGGGAGCCUACAAUUGGGCGGCGAGCACGACGCUUUCCGGGACACGAUACGGGCCAUGGCCUCCAGCGUGGCCGAGGCACAGCGGAGCGAGGACGCACCCCGGCGGGCAUCCAUGGCGGCGGCGACGAUGAACGGCGAUGCCGCCACCACCGAGAUGGACUGGGUGAAGGAGUCACAGAGCGUGCAGCAGCAGGACCCCGGCGCCGAUCGGGACCGAGAGCGAGACAAGCCCCGAGACCCGCCCAUAAUACCGCCGUCUUCGUCGCUGCUGCUACAGCACACGCCCGGCGGCACCACCGACCACGGCUCCUCGACCGCGUCCUCGUAUCCCACCCGCAUGCGGCCACCUCCCGUUAUGACACCGCCACUCUACACGCCCCUCGACACCGCCGACGACCACCACUUCUCCUCCUCCGCCACAGACCACGACGGAAUCCUCCCCACGCCCACACACACAGCACACAGCUCCUCCUUCCGCCCGCUCUCAUACCCGCCCGAGAGCCCCCUCCGCGAGAACCUCACCACAGCCACACCAGAGCACCCCCCGCUGCCGCACAACUCACGCCUCCUCCUCGACCUCUACUUUGCCUACACGCACGUCUGGUUCCCCAUCCUCGACAAGUACGACCUCAUCCGCUUCUUCCACAUCGUCAACACCGCCACCUCGACCAAGCGCAAAGCCAGCCCGCCCAAAGCCGACAUCCCACCCGGGAAGCGUGCCCUCCUCUACGCCGUUCUCUCUCUGGCCAGCCUGCAGCACGACGCCACCAGCACGUACGGGUAUGCCCCCACGGCCCCCAGCGCGGCCACGCUCUACGCCGCCGCCCAGAGCAUCCUGUUCACCCCCGGCGCAGACACAACCCUCGAGCACGUCCAGGCUCUGCUGCUCCUAGCGCUCAUAAACCUCUCCCACGGCCACAACCCCUCCGCCUACCUCCUCAUCGGGCACGCCGGGCGUCUCGCCACAACGAUCGGCCUCCCCACCGCCCACGGCGGCUUCAACAUCCGCACCUGGACCGGCCACCUCAUCCUCGAAACACUCAUCAGCAGUCUCACCGCCCACCCACCCCACAUCCACGCCACCUCCUGGACACGCCUCAUCGACGAAGACGGCUGGGAGGAGUGGGACAGCUGGAAAGAGCACCCCUCAGCCGUCACCCCCACCGCAACAUCCGCAAAAGACAGCGAGGACCCCGCACACAUCCUCAGCACCUUCAACGCCCUCGCGGACCUCGCCCGAAUCGUCUCCCGGGGCACACAUACCCUCCCGGACCUCCACAACUGGUGCCGCGACCUCCCCGCGCACUGCAGCUUCGACGUCCUCAACCCGCUAGAAGUCGAGAUGCCGGCGCUCGUGCCUAGCACACCGCACGUCUCGCACCUGCACCUCUUUUACGCACACGCCAUCCUCGCCCUCCACGACAACGGUGCUGCUACAGCGUCAAUAGUGGCCAUCCUCGAGGCGUUCGCCGAGGCACGGAGUCUUGCGGUGGCGCCCCCGCUGUUUGCAGGCUUUGCAAAACGCGUGGAUGAGGCGUGGGCGGGGCGGUUGGUGGUGUCGGGCGUGUUGACGGGGGCGGGCAUGCUGAAGGCGCCGGCGCCGGGGAGGAAGGAGGUUGUUACGGCGGGGCGAGGAGCGCCCGCGAGACGGCAGGAGGAGUUUGUGGUCGAGCCCGGUAGGAUAUUUAACUUUACACCUCCACCUCCUCCUCCUCCUCCUCCUCCGCCGCAGCCACAACAGCAGCCACCGCAACAGCACCAGCAGCAGCCAGUGGGUGGUGGGUCGUUGUUGUCGCCGAGAGGUGGUGGAGGGCAGGAGGAGGAGUAUGGUGGUGGAGGGGGAAGUCAGGCCGCGAGUCUGAGCUUUAGUCAGCCGAGUCCGGACGGGUUCGAUGAGGAGAUGGGGAUGCUGGAGUGUCUGCCUUGGACGCAAGCCGGCAUCCCCGAAUUCAUCCAAAACCUCGGCUACGUCGGCGGCUUCUCCCCCUCCGCCUUCCAGCUCCCCCCCGAGUCGCAAGCCCCCCUCCAAAUCCUCGGCCUGCGGCAAGACACCGACGCAACCUACAGCCACCCGGACGAGAACGAGAUGGGCGCGGCGGCGGGGCGGCGCGGGCUCAACACCGUGCUAGAGCAGUGGCUGGGCGAUGUGUUAGGCGCUGGCGGGGUUGGGGGCCAGGGCGGAGGAGGAGGUGGUGGGCAGGGGGGUGGGCAGGGGCAGGGGGGGAGGUGGAGUUAA